AUGCUUCGAGACCCAAGAUUACUCUUCUCAGGCGGGAGGAUUGCAGACGACCUGGCUAAGAGAUGGAACAUAGAACAGUUGAAUCUCCUCAGCGCCCCCUUCAUUCAGCCUCUGAGAACCCUGGAACCAGACCAUCUCCACUUUCCUUCCAUAUCUGGUAAGCUUUCCUCAAUCACAGUGGUGGAUGGUUAUACUUCUCACAGCGGUCACCUGUCAGAACUCCAAACCUCAGGCGGCUACUUCGAGAAAGAAGGUUCUUCUGACGGGUAUGAGGGCCGCCAUCACUCCACAAAAGCAUAUGUGAGACACCAAAACCAUGGUAGAGCACAGAUUUUGAGGCAAAGUUCAUCGGAAAAAUUGCCCGGCGAUCUGGGUUCUUCAUCAGCGGGCACCAACCUGCCGCACUGGCUCAGAGGAGCUCCUCACAGUGAUCAGAGGGCAGCUCCUGCCCGCCAUCACCUUGGUGGGCAGUUGUCACCACCACCUGGCAGAAAUUCACCAGGUGAAGCUCUAAAGAGGAGAGUUUUAGGCCGCCGCAGUGCUGGCUCUCUGGAGGAUCUCAACCAGCGGGCUCUUCCCCAUGAGCCCAAGUCUUCGGAAGAGCCCAUUUUUAGUCUAAAUCGGAGCCGCUCGGAACCCAUGGGCCAGAUUGACUUGGUUGACUUAGACAGCGAUGCUUCGUCCGAGGGGACAAUAUCUGACGACCAGAGCAGUGGGCGUUGA